AUUUUAAUAUUCUCUUUUACAAUACCGCGUAAAGGAAGUUUCUGUGGAGACCAAAGAGAAGAAAGGAGAAUCCUUUCCUCAAGCCAUCAUAAAAAAUUUAAUUCAAUCAGUUCAUACAUAAACCAAAAUUCAUUGAUCCGAUCCUCCCUCUAUUGAAAGUUUGAUUCAUUCCUUUCAAUUCGGAUUUUUUCUCUACACUCCGAUCGCCCGCCAUGAGUUUUCUCUUCGGCAAGCGCAAGACUCCCGCCGAACUCCUCCGGGAAAAUAAGAGGAUGUUGGACAAAUCGAUCAGAGAAAUUGAUAGGGAGAGACAAGGUCUUCAAACACAAGAGAAGAAACUCAUUGCAGAGAUUAAGAAAAGUGCCAAACAAGGGCAAAUGGGAGCUGUGAAAGUGAUGGCAAAAGAUCUAGUAAGGACCAGGCACCAGAUUGAAAAAUUCUACAAGCUUAAAUCACAACUUCAGGGUGUAUCUCUUAGAAUUCAGACUUUGAAAUCAACUCAAGCAAUGGGAGAAGCAAUGAAAGGAGUGACAAAGGCAAUGGGACAAAUGAAUCGGCAGAUGAACUUACCAUCCCUGCAGAAGAUUAUGCAAGAAUUUAUGAAACAGAAUGAAAAAAUGGAACUGAUGACUGAAGUGAUGGAAGAUGCCAUUGAUGAUGCUUUGGAAGGAGAUGAAGAAGAGGAAGAAACAGAAGAAUUGGUCAGCCAAGUUCUUGAUGAGAUAGGAAUUGACAUGAACCAAGAGCUCGUAAACGCGCCAUCAACUGCUGUUGCUGCACCAGCAGUGAAGACAAAGGUUGCACAAGCAGAAGCAACAGGGAACGACGAUGGUGGAAUUGACAGCGAUCUUCAAGCGAGGCUAGACAAUUUAAGGAGAAUGUAAAUGUAAGAUCUUCAUUUCUUGUUUUAUAUCGAUACCCUCCAACCUGACUAGAGCUAAGAGGGACCAUUUAUGCCACUGCCGUAGACUUAAUGCCAUGAUUUCCAACCUUGUUUUGGAUAUAUGAAUAGAAAAUGGGAACGAUCAAUGUUCAAGCGUAACUUUCUGACUGUAUAUACAUUAUACAUAUAUUGGUUUCUUUUUAUAGGUUUACCACAUGGAAAUUGUUAGUUAGCUUGACUCUCUAUUAUGUUGGGUUUCAAUUUGGUCCUUAUUUUCUUUAAGGCUUCUAUACAACAUGGAAAUACCCAUCA